AUGCAAGAACAACAUAACGAAGUGGUUACAUUCCAGCUUCGAUGUUAUAAAGAAGGUCAAAAUAAAAAGAAGCCUUCUUAUUUUUAUCCUCGUUUGAAACUUUCACUGGGGAUAUCGAAUUCAGAAGAUUUCUCCUCUCGUUAUCCGACCCGAUGCAAUGAAACCGAAGCGAAAAGAUCUCUCGAAUGUAAGCGAGACCCGCUAACUGCGGAACAACACGAACGACGGCUGCCCCUGGCAGUGCCUGCAGCCCGUUAG